GACUCCAGCUUCCAACACACAGCUCUUCAUCAUCAUGUCUACUUCAUAUACCAAGACCCAGUAUACAUGCGGACAUAUGACGGAAAAACAAACACCAACCCGACAAGCAAGCGAAGACCCUUCGCAAGAGCCCAAGAAGUCAUUGACACGCACUUUGACUGGGAAAGUCAAGAAAGGAUUGAAGCGCGCUCUCACCUUGAACGCCGGCAAAUCUACCAUACGCUACUCCAGGAUGAAAUGCCCAGCUUGUGAGCUUGAGGUCACCGCUAACUUCACAUCUGACAGAUACGCAGGAUGGGUCGACGAGCUCCCAUCUCCAACCCCAGACAGCUUCCAACCCGACAGACCCAAUCUCCAAGAGCGCAACAGCGAUGAGAUCCUCAGGGAGGAAAUCAUCUCGCAAGAGCAACUCGCGCCUUUGGAGACCAUCGAUGAUUGGCGUCGCGAGGCCAUCCACAAAGAAACCCAGCGUCGCGAAGCUGGUCAACAGGUUCAAGAUCGAGAUGACGCACUCGCUACCCUCGAAGGACGUCGUACUGGCAUCCAGAAGCGUCCCACCAUGCCUCUCGGGGGGCAUUGGGAUCCCAAGGAGGAGUCAUCUCGAACCCAGUACAAAAAGCUUGGUCCCUACAGCUAUAUUUCUUCCGAUAGCGAGUGAGUCCGAAAUCGAAGACCCA